GUGGUGGGCUUGGUCUUAGUCUCUAGGGGUGUUGUCUCAAUUUGCCUGUUACUCGCUUCUUACCUCCUUACCUUCAUCCACCGUCAACAACUUCUGCAGUCGUCGCAAAGCACGUUCCUCACGAGGUCGUGCCAAAUGCCCUACGAGCAAUACGCCGACGGGGCUCCCUAUCUGCCUUAUGGCGUGUUUGAUACAUACGCUCAACGACAACAACAAUACAUCCCCAUUUCCACUGCCGACCGUAACAACGACAUACAAUCGGAAAGUACGAACGACCUUCCAGUUCGCGAUGUCACUGCCGUUCUCGCUGCUCCGAUGCACCCUGUUCGGGUCCACAUACCACCCUACAUGCAGACCGCACCAAUGCUGGCUCCCGGAGGAGGAGCAGAAGUUCUACCUGCGGGAUUACUUAAUAAUUCUAUCUCACCACCGCCUGGCUCUUCCUGGUAUGCAAACAGUGGUUUCACGUCGUUACAGGAUUUUUCUCCUAUAUCGAUACAUCAGAGCCGGCGGGCUCAACCGUCUUCUCAGCCUGCGAGUUCUUCACUUGUAGAUCACAAUCACGGGCAGACACAAUCCCCCUUUGAUUACGAUGCGUACUCAUCUACGACGGCAGCCACAAGGACGGCAACGGACUCUCCCUCUGCGACGGUAGAUGGCAGCUCAGAAACGUCGAAAGCCCUGAACUUCUGCAUUUCUCAAGGAUACAUAAAUCCUGCGAAUCCUAUAUCACCUUCCCAGCUUUCAGCCCUCGGUUUUUCGCCUUCCACCACUACCAGUUCAUCUGGUCUCAAUGCUCCGUCUUCGCUCGGCUUGCCUGUGUACUCUGCCUCAGGUUUCGACUUGCUUUCCAUAAUGGCACGCGUUGCUACUCGACCCGAUCCAAAAGUCAUACUGGGACCUGUCGAUGUCACCUCUUCGUUCGUUGUCGUCGACGUGCGGAGGCACGACAGCCCCGUCAUAUAUGUCUCACCGACGUUCUGUCGCUUGACUGGAUAUGAUGAGGGUGAGGUUAUAGGACGCAACUGUCGUUUCUUGCAAAGUCCAGACGGGCGACAGGCCAAGGGUGAAGUCAGGCAAUAUACGAGCCACGAGGCGGUGAAGCAUUUAAAGAAGCAUAUCAUGGCGGAUAAAGAGUGCCAGACGAGCAUCAUCAAUUACAAAAAGAACGGAGAUGCGUUCAUCAAUCUGGUGACCGUGAUUCCGAUACGAGGGGGUGAACUUUUAGGUGGAGACGAUGAUAAAGUGAUCUAUCAUGUAGGAUUUCAGGUUGAUUUGACGGAACAGCCGAAUGCGAUUUUGAACAAGCUGAAGGACGGUACAUAUAUCGUCAACUACAGCGCUAACAAUCCAGUCGCUGUCCCUCCCCUCAACUCGCUCAACGUUCUCGGCCGGCUUUUCCAGAACCGUCAGAGUGGGAGCGGUUUGUCGUUAGGUCUCGGACUGCAUGCAAUCUCUGCCAAGGAUAGGAAGCUGCACUCGAUUGCUCAGCCGGCUAUUAGCCGUGACUUAAAGAAGUUGUUGGAGGAACCAGAAUUUCUGAAGAGCUUCCCAAUCACCACUUGCACGAAUGCUGACGCAACGCUGCCCUUUACCGCCAACUCCUCCGCUCCUCCAUCUGCGGACGUCACAGGUGAGGAGAACGGAGACUCAUCUGCUGUGUCAUCACCCAAGUCGCCUACGAAUACUCCGGCGUCUCCCACAGCACCGUCGUCGCAACCGCCGAGUAUGAUUGUACCGUCCUCUACACCUCAUACACCCUCAGCCAAUCACCCCCUAUCCCUCAUCCUCCUGGAGUAUAACCCUGAUUUCCUCCACGUCGUCUCGCUCAAGGGUGCUUUCCUUUACGUUGCUCCAGCUGUUCGUCGUGUGUUAGGCUAUGAGCCUUGGGAGCUUGUCGGUCGGAGCUUAGUGGACAUCUGUCAUCCUUCAGACUCCGUUCCAUUAAUGAGGGAAUUAAAGGAAAGUUCUUCGGCAAAUACAGGUUCUGGUGGUGGGGCAAGCGUUGAUGAGAACAACUCCACGGAUGAAAUGGCUUCCAGUCCAACGACAGACACGAUGGCUGUGGCAAGGCCCCGAACCGUGGAUUUGUUAUUCAGAGCUCGCACGAAGAAUGGGAGGUAUGUCUGGGUGGAGUGCAGGGGGAGGCUACACGUGGAGCCGGGGAAGGGGAGAAAGGCCAUUUUACUGAGUGGAAGAGCGAAGGAGAUGGCUGCGUUGAAGUGGGAGGUGGUCAAAGAAGUUAGCGGUGGUAUUCGAGAGUGUGAUGUUGUGAAGCGAUUGGUCAAUACGUCUGAGAAGGAGACGUGGGGUGCGAAUAAGGACGGCGGCGGUAGCGGCAGGAAGAGGAAGGGAAAGAAAAAGGGAGGUGUGGAUGAUGAUGAUGGUCAUUCCUCAACCCCUCCGCUAGUGGCGGAAGAGGUUGAAGUAAAGACCGAGUUUUGGGGCGCGAUCACAAGAAGCGGUAUUCUACUUGUGGUGACGUCCGGAGUGAAGGACGUGCUUGGUUAUGAAGAAAAUGAGUUGGUUGGCCGACGCAUUGAGACAAUUAUUGCGGACGAGAGGGACAAAAAGUCUGUGACAGAAGAGGUUGGGAAAGUGGCUGCUUGUGUAUCGUCGUCGCUGUCGCCUGGAGGUGGUUCGAUGAUGGGUGUGAGGGGAGCGGUGUGCGGAAUGGUGAGAAAGAAGGGGGGUUCGGAGGAAGAGGCGGUCGUGCAAGCAGAGGUGAUCCUGUAUCCGUCUGCGAUGGACGACACAAUUUACCAGUCAGACCAAACGAUCUCGCCCGCUAACGUGAUUUUUCAAAUCAGGGCUCACAGUCCCGUCAUUAGUCCAGGCCACCAAAACGAGAUCCAUCCUUCACCACGACGCUCCUCGGCUAUAUCGGCGUUAGGCGCUGAAUCGAGGCAUCAUGGUACAUUCGACGACAUGCCGUCAGGCGGGAUCGGUGUUAGCUUCAACGACCAGUUCGGAUUUGGUGCGGGCACUAUCAGAUCUGGUAAUCCUCGUGCCACUGAAGGGUUCAAGGCGGAUGUGAUGCAUCCCUUGGAUGAGGAUGUCUUUCAGCCCCUGGACACUAAUCGAGGGUCGAGUUGGCAAUAUGAGUUGCAGCAGUUGAGAUUUGCCAACGACAGGUUGAAGGAAGAAAUCAAGGUGCUCGAAGGAGAGUUAGAGAAAAAGGUUACGAUAAAUCCUACAAGGCGGAACACCUCUCCUUCACUCUCUUCGUCCUCCACGACUAGCGGUACUCUUCAAGGUGCGGAAAACGAAGGUGCGCCGCCACCACAGUCGCGGCAACUAUACGGGGAGAACACGCCUCAGGGACAACGCCAUUAUAUACAUUUCCUCCAACCCCCUCCGACUAGCACGUCCGCUGACAGCAGCAGGACUCCCGAAUCCACUGCUGUUAAUCAAGCCGGCACCGGAUCGACCCAGUACACAACGAAUCCUUCGCUUGUGUACGAUCAACAGCAGACUAUGCAAUCAGCACCUCGGGUGACUCGACAGGUCCAUCAAGACGUCCAUCAUCUGGGGAUAGGAUCGAGGUUCACCGUGAGCACGAGGUCCAGCGCAGCAUACGAAUCUGAAGCUCAACCCCAGGCGUACGGUGUCGGUUCCGAUUAUCCUCCAGAGCCGGACUGGAGGUCCACAAAUGUAGGCCGCUAUUUACCCCCUGGACUUGGGCAAACGACCCCAGUCGCAACGAACCUACCGAUGCCCUAUUACAUCCAGACACAGAACAGCCAUCCCAUACGUUACCAGCCUCCCACACCUUCCUCUCUGAAGAGGAACUGGGCGGAUAUGGCUUAAAAAGGUACAUACAGCAAAAUAUACUCUCAGCGGACAAGGCACACGGGUUUCUUGGUUUUUUGUCAUUUCAUACUCUCAUUCAUAUAUUUAUAUACUACUUUUUUCUCUUCAUGAUAACAGGAUGGACGUUUACGAUCCUAUAUCUCUCCGGCAGACAAUCCGAGUCAGUGGAAGCCCACAUGUAUUCCACAAACAUUUGUAACUAUAUAUCGCAUGUCGCACAAUUUUUCCCCGUACGAUACCUUACUGUACACCUUAAUUGCUCACAAAAGUCGUACUUGCUAUGUGUUUUGCUUGCUUUCGUACCUCGACUCGUCAAUAAAAACAGGUUUUUUGAACAAAUCCCGAC